AGUGCUGCCACCCCCUAUAUGUAUGGGUGUCCAUCCUCCUCGUCUCUCUCCCCCUCCUCUUCCUUCUCCCUCUUCACACAUAUUCUCUUGGCCUUCUUAGCUCAACCAUUCUCCCUCCCUCUCUCUCCCUCUCCAUCUCUCUCCACACAUACACAACACACAAAGGAGCAGAAGCAGCUAGAUAGCUAGGGAGACCAAACUUUCGCAAGAAAUAAACCACUGCCUGAAUCAUCUCCUUUGAUACAGACAACAACAGAAACUGUGUAUGGAGCAAGAAGAGGUCGGGCUAGCCCUGGGCCUCUCCCUCGGCUCCGGUCAUCACCAGCAGCUCAAGGAACAGCCACCGCCUUCUUCGCAUCCAUGUGCGCUGUUGGAGCCGACUCUGUCGCUGAGCAGCCUCCCGGCCAAAGAUGGCCUGACGACCACACCGAUGAGGAGGAUCGCUGCCGUGAAAAGGGAGCUGCAGGUGGAGGAGGACGAUGAGGCCACCGACAGGGCGCUUAUUUACUCGGUGGCAUCGUCGGCGGUGGUCACUGCCGACGACGACGAAGGGUGCAACAGCCGGAAGAAGCUGAGGCUGUCCAAGGAGCAGUCGGCGCUGCUGGAGGACCACUUCAAGGAGCACAGCACCCUCAACCCUAAGCAAAAGGCUGCUUUGGCCAGGCAACUGAACCUGAGGCCAAGGCAAGUGGAGGUGUGGUUCCAAAACAGAAGAGCAAGAACAAAGUUGAAGCAGACAGAAGUGGACUGCGAGCUUCUCAAGCGCUGCUGCGAGACGUUAACAGAGGAGAACCGGCGUCUCCACCGCGAGCUCCAGCAGCUCCGCGCCCUCAGCCACCCCCACCCGGCAGCUGCCUUUUUCAUGCCCGCCGCCGCUGCUCUCUCCAUCUGUCCCUCCUGCGAGCGCAUCGCCACCGGAGCGUCUGCCGCCGCCACCACCACCGGUGCAGAUCGCCCUAAUAAGGCCGGUGGUGGCCCUGUCCGAGCACCGCACUUGUUCAGCCCUUUCACCAAAUCUGCUGCCUGCUGAACAACGUUUGGUCCAUCCAUCAUAUUAUUCACCCAUGGUUUAUUAGGCAAUAGCAAAUCAUUCCAUCACUAUAUAUAUGUAUAUACAUACAUAUACAUGCACACACAUAAAUCAUCUUUAGCUAGCUAGCUAGUAGCAACUCUAUCUAUCUCUGCAUCCAUCACUCAUCGAUCGUCAUCUACUAAAUAGUAAUUGGUUGACUAGCUAGAUGGCAUAUAUUCCUGUCCCCUCCCACCUUAAUUCGUUAGCUUUGUUUUUUCACAAGCUAAAUGAAUUAAUAGCGGCGUCGCGUGAGGUGGAUGGAGCACCACGCAUGCAUGAUUCUAGUCUAGUCUAGUAGGAAUAACAAAGAAGUGUCUUGUUUGGUGUUAGUUGCUUCUGCUAUAGUUAGUAUAGUGGCUGCUGUUGCUGGUAUAGCUAGCUUUAUACUUAGUAUUGCUGAUUGUAUUAAUUAAUUGUCAGUCAGGGGAAGAACCAUCAUUAGAUGAUGAUGACAUGACACCACGCAUA